UCCGAGAAGUCUGAGCAACUUUCGAGACACAGCGCCGCGGCAAUGGCAACGAGAAGAGAAAUGCCCAAGACAGGCACCCUCUCGGAAGAAGGCCUCAAACACUUCAAGACGUACAAAUACUCCUCCGUGGACUUGUCACCUAUAUCAAAUCACAUUCUCCGGCAUUACUGGAAUUUCUGCGUCGACUACCUUCCCCUCUGGCUCGCCCCAAACAUGGUCACCCUCAUCGGCUUCUUCUUCAUCAUCGGCAACGUUGCCCUCCAACAAAUAGCAGAUCCUGACCUCACCGGACCCGACCACUCCUGGAUCUACUUCUCCUACGCCUUCGGCGUCUGGGCCUACAGCACAAUGGACAACAUUGACGGCAAACAAGCCCGACGAACAGGAACCUCCUCCGGCUUAGGCGAGCUCUUCGACCACGGAAUCGACUCCCUCAACUGCACUCUCGCGUCCCUCCUCGAAACCUCCGCCAUGGCUCUCGGUCCCACCAAGAUCGGCGCCCUCACCGCUCUCAUCCCUUGUCUACCCAUGUUCUUCUCCACCUGGGAGACCUACCACACGCACACCCUCUACUUGGGCUACUUCAACGGUCCCACCGAAGGUCUCAUCCUCGCGGCGUCCAUCAUGAUCGUGUCAGGAAUCUACGGUCCACAAGUCUGGCACGCCCCUCUACACUCUUUCCUCGGCCAUGAGGAUAUCUUCGGCGAGACCUUCAGCGUGCAAGACUUCUGGGCCGCCCUCAUCCUCUCUGCCUUCUUCAUCGCCCACCUCCCGGGCUGCGUCUACAACGUCGUCCAAGCCCGACGGGCAAAGAACCUCCCCGUCGCCCCCGUGUUUCUGGAGUGGAGUCCCAUGAUCCUCUUCUGCGGGUGUCUGGUCGCAUGGCUCGGCUCGCCGCACUCGACUCUCCUGCGAGACAACCACCUCGCCCUCCUCUGCCUAACCCUCUCCUUCGUCUUCGGGCGAAUGACCACAAAAACCAUCCUCGCUCAUCUGACCCGCCAACCAUUUCCCUACUGGACCGCUCUCCUCGCUCCCUUAAUCGGUGGCGCGGUGAUGGUCAACUUGCCGCUCGUGGGUAUCGCGGCGCCCUCGGCGGAAGUCCAGCUGUAUUACCUCUGGGCGUACUUCUUCCUCAGCAUGUUCGUCUACGCGCGGUGGGCGUAUGUGGUGUGCACGGCGAUUUGUGAUUAUCUUGGGAUCAAUUGUUUGACGAUUCCGGAGGAGAAGGUUCGGGCGUUGAAGGAGCGGAGGAGGGUGGAGGCUAUGCCUGCUUUGGUUGAUAGUCCGGGCAAAGGAGAGGGAAAGGGGAAGCAUGCGUGA